UUGUAGUUUUCGCUCGCCGCUUCCCGGUGCGCCCGCUCUUCCUGGAUACGGCGGCGCCCGGGGCCGGUGCUCCCCGCGCGGCCCGGUCCUCCCUUCCCGCCCGGGGGCCGCGGGGCAUGGAGGAGCUGCGGCGCUCCUACAGCCGCCUGUGCCGGCAGAGCGGGGCUGAGCCGCAGGAGGCCGUGCUGCAACAGCUGCGCCAGCCGCCGCGGGGCCGGCUGGACCUGGCCGCGCACAGCCUGACCGUGCACAGCUGCAGGGCGCUGGGCACGCUGCUGCGGGGCGAGGCGCUGCUCACCGAGCUGGUCCUGAGCGACUGCAUGCUGAGCGAGGAAGGGGCCGCGCUGCUGUUGCACGGGCUCUGUACCAACGCCGCCGUCCGGCUGCUGGACCUGAAGGUGAGCCGGCCUGCGGGCGGCUGGCGGCCUCCUCCCUGCCCCUUGCACCCCAGGCAGAGCCGGCCAGGACCUGCCCGUGGGCUCUGUCCUUUCCCAUCCCAGGGCAAUAACCUUCGAGCCACAGGGGCCGAGGUGCUGGGGAAGCUGCUGCGACACAACAGGUCCAUUCAGAGCCUCACCCUGGAGUGGAAUAGCCUGGGUGCCUGGGAGGACGCUUUUGCCGCCUUCUGCGGGGGCCUGGCGGCCAACGGGACCCUGCAGCAGCUGGACCUUCGCAACAACCAGAUCAGCCACACGGGGGCUGAGCAGCUGGCCCUGGCCCUGGCGGCCAACAGCACCCUGCAGGAGCUAGACCUGCGCUGGAACAACCUGGGCCUCCUGGGCGGCCGGGCCCUGCUUGGCUGCUUCCCCGGCAACCGCGCCCUGCGCCGCUUGGAGCUCGCUGGCAACAACAUCCCCGGCGACGUCUUCCGGGCCGUGGAGCAGAGUGUGGGCCACAACCAGGACAGGGACACCACGCUGCGGGAGAGCCGGGCCCGCACCCAUGUGCUUGUCCAGGAGGUCCAGCAGCUGCGGGAGGAGAAGUCCAAACAGUUUCUGGACCUGAUGGAGACCGUGGAGAAGCAGCGAGAUGAGCUGGCUCGGAGCAGCCGGGCAUCAGUCGAGCGGGUUGGGCAGCUGCAGGAAGCUCUCAACGAGAGGCAGUCGGUCAUCAACACGCUCAAGGCCAAGCUACAGAUGACCGAGGCUGCCCUGGCCCUGUCGGAACAGAAGGUCCAGGAGCUAGGCGAGCUGCUGGCCGUCUCGGAGCGGGAGCAGCUGAGCCAGGCACGGCAACACGAGAAGGAGCGCCGACUGGAGCAGCAGGAGGCCACCGAGCGCGAGGCCAAGUUCCUCCGGGACCUGUCAGCCACCAAUGAGAAGAAUCUACUCCUCCGGGACCAGGUGGACGAGUCAGAGCGGAAGGUGAAGGCCCUGCAGGAACAGCUGUCCCUGGCCAGGCAGCAGCUGACCACCACAACGGCUGAGCUGAAGCUUCGGGCUGUGCAGGCCGAGGAGCGCCUGGACGCCGAGAGGAAGAGAACCAAGCAGAGCCUGCAGGACGCCGAGAGUCUGCGUGUCAAGGAGGUGGAGCAUAUGAGGCAGCAGCUUGAGGAGAACGAGAGGGCCACGCAGGAGAGGGUGCAGCGGCUGGAGGCCACACGGCUGGCACUGGAGGAGGAGCUGGGCCGCGUGAAGGCAGCUGCGCUCAGUGAGCGUGGCCAGGCAGAGGAGGAGCUCUUCAAGGUCCGGAGCCAGGCCCGCCUGGACGAGCAGCGCCUGGCCCACCUGGAGGAGAAGCUGCGGCUGCUGGCACAGGCGCGGGAUGAGGCUCAGGGCACCUGCGUGCAGCAGAAGCAGACGGUGGCCGAGGCCCAGGCCAGGGCCAGCCAGCUGGAGCUGCAGGCGGACGGCCUGCGGAGGCGCGUGGACGAGCUGCAGCAGGAGCUGAGCCACAAGGAGCAGGAGAAGGUGGCCGAGGUGGCCCGGGUGCGCGCCGAGCUGCAGGCGGAGCAGGCGGCCCAGGCGGCUCUGAGGGAGAAGGCGCUGGCCCUCGAGCGCCAGCUGCGAGCCACGGCGAGCGACCACCGGGAGGCGCUGCGGGACCGGGAGAGCGAGAACGCAUCGCUGCGGGAGAAGCUGCGGCUGCGGGAGGCGGAGGUCGCGCGCGUUCGCGACGAGGAGGCGCAGAGGGCCAGCUUCCUGCAGCAGGCCGUGCUGGCCUACGUGCAGGGCUCCCCCCUGCGCACGCUGAACCCCCCGAAGUGAGGGCGGCCGCGCCCCGCGCCCCGGUGCAAACACGACUUUUGUACUUUGUGAUACAGCUCGGCUUCGCGUCUCUGUCUUAGGGGCGGGCGUGGGGAGGGGCGCGCGCCCGGACGCGGGGGUCGCGCGGCGUGGACCCGCCCCCGCCCGC